AGUGCCGAUUCUUCAGGUUUGUGGCUGAAGGUUUGCAUGUUCGUUUCCUCGGCAGAAUGGCUCGUACAAGCUGAGAUUUCUCCCUCGAAAUCUGGCCGAAUCUCUCCUCCUGCAGCCGAGAGUUGGCCCAACGAGCCCUCUGAAGACGGGAGAGGGUGGAGACUCCUGCGUCCGUGAGAACGAACUUUGGUUUUAUUAAUUUAUUUGUACAAAAUAAAAUGAAGUAUCGGGAAGUUAUCGAACGACACGUUCUCGUGUGUUGCCUGCUGGUUCUGUUCGUCUGGACGGAAUGGGCAAAUGCAGCGGCUUGCACAGGAUGUGUGAAAGACAAAUGUAUUUGCAAUGGAACGAAAGGAGAGAAGGGUGAUAGAGGAUACAUCGGUCUUCCAGGGCAUGUGGGGCAGCCGGGAUACCCAGGUCCUGAGGGUCCUAUUGGACCCAAAGGAAGCAAAGGAGACACUGGCUCAUCUGGUGCUGUUGGACCCAAAGGCUACAGAGGAAGUCAGGGCGUUCCUGGUUUUCCUGGCAGCCCAGGUCUUCCGGGACUCCCGGGACCGGAAGGACCAAUCGGAGAACCUGGAACGCCGGGAUGUAACGGAACAAAGGGAGAUCCAGGAAGACCAGGUCAGCCAGGCACUGGACCUGCUGGACCCCAGGGACCAUCAGGUCUCAUGGGACCAAAGGGUGAACCAGGGGAACCUGCUGUAAAUUUACCCGGCAACAAGGGUGAUCGUGGAUCCCCUGGACAACCAGGGCGACAGGGUCCCCCUGGUCUUUCAGGCCGUGAUGGAUCCAAAGGAGAUCGCGGACCCCAGGGAAUGAGUGGGGAGCAAGGGCUCCUGGGACCUAAAGGAGAAAAGGGUCCACCAGGUGUCGGUUUCUAUGGACAGAAGGGAGAACCUGGAAACCCAGGUGUUCCAGGUCCUCCAGGUGAACCCUGUGGUAAUGGCACUCGCCCAGUAGGAGGCAGUAACGUCUCGGAGAUCAUACCAGGAGACAAGGGUGACCGAGGCAACCCUGGUCCCCGUGGAGAAAGAGGAGAAAAAGGCGAGAAAGGUUACCCAGGAUUUCAGGGCCUGAGAGGUGACGAUGGGAUGAAGGGACCCAAGGGAGAGCCAGGACCCACUGGAAGGAUUGGCAAGCGGGGCAAAGAUGGACCCCCUGGCCCUCCGGGGUACGAAGGUGAAAGAGGACCCCCUGGUGUACCUGGUGCCGCCGGCUUCAAUGGCCCACAGGGUCCUAAAGGCGAUAAAGGUGAAAGAGGACGUCCAGGACUUCAAGGACCACCAGGAGAAUCAGUUGACACCCCAGGGAUAGGAAACCCAGGGCCGAGGGGCCCACAGGGGCGAGACGGACCUCAAGGCCCUCCAGGACCCCCAGGAGAAAAAGGAGCCCGAGGUUUACAAGGCAUCGAAGGCAGACCUGGUAAUCCGGGGCCCCCAGGUUCCCCUGGCCAGCAAGGUCCUCCAGGAAUCGGCGAAAAAGGCGAGCAAGGACCUCCAGGAGUACCAGGUCCAGCUGGACCUUUCGGACCUCAGGGUGUAGCCGGACGAGAAGGACCCAAGGGAGAACCAGGCAUGACAGGCUUGUCUAUGCAGGGUCCUCCAGGCAUGGAUGGCAUCCCAGGACGACUGGGUAAUCCUGGACCCCCAGGACCCCCUGGUUCUACAGGACCCCAAGGCUUCCCCGGCAUUCCUGGCAAUAUUGAAGGUAGCAUCGGCCCACAGGGUUCCCCUGGACCACCAGGCCCAGAGGGCGAACCUGGGGCUACUGGCAACCCUGGACCCAGGGGCUUCCCUGGACGAAUGGGUGACACUGGGGAGCCUUGUGGGCCAUGUCCGUCGGGCCCCCAAGGUAUGAAGGGAGAUCCUGGACCAGCGGGUGCCCCAGGACGACCUGGACCUCAAGGCUUUGAUGGACCUCAAGGAUCUCCUGGACAGCAAGGACUGAGAGGAGAUCCUGGUGUGGAUGGAGACCCAGGAAUAAAUGGACCCAUUGGUCCUUCUGGACCCCGUGGACAGAAGGGUGACCGCGGAGAGCCAGGACCCAUUAUCCAAGGCCAGAGGGGAGAGAAAGGUGACAAGGGAGAGCGUGGGUUCCGAGGCAGCGAUGGAUCCAAAGGGGCUAAGGGCCUGCCGGGACCACGCUGCACUGCACCCAGCAACAUCUCGUCAAUGCUCAAGGGUGAGAAGGGUGAGCCAGGAUUUCAGGGUGACCCAGGAGCUGCUGGGCUACCAGGCAAACAGGGAAUACCUGGCCAGAGAGGUGCCUCUGUGCUAGGGAACCCAGGCCCACCUGGUCCUCAGGGUGAUCGCGGAGAUUUUGGACCUAGAGGCCCACCUGGAAUGAAGGGUGAGAAAGGUGAACCUAUCUUCAUAUCGGAGCCAGGCCAAGUUGGACCUCAAGGCCCACGGGGACCUCCAGGGCCACCUGGUGAUUUCGGUGAACGUGGACCUCCAGGUCCCUCAGGCCCCACAGGCACCAAGGGGAAUCGUGGUUUUGACGGUCAGAAGGGAGAGAUGGGAGAACAAGGCCCGCCAGGCAUAGGCAUGCCGGGGGAGAGCGGGGAGAAAGGAUUCCGUGGACUUCCUGGCGAUCGUGGACCGCAAGGUCUAUCAGGUCCCCCAGGGCCUGAUGGUUUGCCCGGUGUAGAAGGAACAAAUGGUGCCAAGGGUGAAACAGGUACUCCUGGUGUACCUGGUGUACAAGGACCGCGUGGAUUGAAGGGUGCUAUCGGCCCCCAAGGUCCCCCUGGAGCUCGUGGAGCAAUAGGACUUCCUGGUGAAAAUGGAGAACCUGGACCACUAGGACCUAAAGGAGACAAGGGGGAUGUGGGUCCCCGAGGCCCUCUCGGCCGUCCCGGGGAGCCUGGAGAUAUCGGAGUGUCCAUACCAGGAACUGAUGGGCCACCAGGGGAAGAUGGUCGGCCGGGAGAACCGGGUCCAGUUGGCGAAGUAGGACCUCAAGGACCUCAAGGCCCACCAGGAUUCGCAGCCAUCAAAGGUCAGAAGGGUGAGCCUGGUCGCCCAGGUCGCCCUGGUGACCUUGGCUUGCCAGGACCGACUGGAGAAACAGGGGAAGAUGGACAGGCAGGCCAAGAUGGCCGACCGGGUGAGAAGGGAGAUAGAGGCCCACCAGGCCAAUCAGGUCAACCAGGACCACCUGGGGAACCAGGAGAGAACGGGGUACCAGGAGCUAAAGGUGAUCAAGGCUCAAUUGGACUGCCCGGUGUAAUUGGCAACCGAGGUCCCACCGGACAGAAGGGUGCACGUGGUGAAGACGGACCAGAAGGACAGAAGGGUGACAAGGGUUUCCCUGGACCAUCAGGUCAGAAUGGUCUACCAGGUCAGAAUGGCCAGCCGGGCUUGCCAGGACCUCCUGGCGAGGAUGGACCAGCAGGUGCCGAUGGAUCCAAGGGUGACAGGGGACUGCCUGGCAUCGAUGGACAGAGAGGAGAUAUUGGCCUGCCGGGAGAACGAGGCCCUCCGGGGAUGCCGGGGUUAGAGGGACGAAGAGGGGAGAAGGGUCAGAUGGGUGAUAUGGGAGAUCCAGGCUCGCGAGGUGAGAAGGGUGAUAUUGGCCGAGAGGGGCUGAUAGGUGCACCCGGGCCUGAUGGCGACCCUGGUAUACCAGGGGAGAAUGGUGCCCCUGGCUUGCAAGGGCGAGCAGGACCAACUGGACCUAAGGGAGUGAAAGGUGUCCCUGGCCCCCGUGGAUUCCAAGGUGAGAAGGGUCACGUGAUGACGGUACCUUGCAACUUGGAAAUGAAGGGAGCACAAGGACCUGUGGGAGAAAAAGGAGACAGAGGUGAUCCUGGACCCAACGGCCUGAAUGGACUGAAGGGAGAUCGGGGUCUGAGGGGCUUCACUGGACCGCCUGGCCCACCAGGGGAGAACGGAGAACAAGGGGAGACGGGACCUAAGGGAGACCGCGGCCAGCCUGGUGAAACGGGACCGCAGGGACCCACAGGACCAAAAGGAGACAAAGGAAGAGAUGGCACUCCCGGUUCCCCCGGAAUAAUUGGUUUACCAGGAAAUCUAGGAGCCAAGGGUGACCUGGGUCCCAUGGGACCGCCUGGGACCAAUGGUAACCCCGGUGUGAAUGGGGAACCAGGUGAGCGCGGCUUCCCUGGUAUCCGUGGGGAGAAGGGUGCACCAGGACGACCCGGUGAGGCUCUUACUGGACCGAAGGGUGACCAAGGACCAGCUGGCCCAAUAGGCAGACAAGGCCCCCCUGGCAACGACGGACCUCCAGGAGAAAGCGGCAGCCAAGGACCACCAGGCCAGAAGGGAGAGCAAGGCAUAGUUGGCCCUCCAGGACCUACCCCAAUAGUGAUACCAGGACCUCAAGGUCCCCCAGGAGAGCCAGGUGCCAUUGGAGUACCAGGCGAAAAAGGCGAAACAGGCCCAACGGGUGCCCUUGGUCUACCUGGCCGGCCAGGUCAGAGGGGCAUGCCAGGAGUCAAUGGGGAGGACGGUGCUCAGGGAGAGAAGGGUGCUGUUGGAUCGCCUGGUCCCAAAGGAGAACCCGCUGAGCCUAUUGACAUAACCCUGAUGAAGGGCGCUAAGGGGGAUAUUGGACCUCAAGGGCCCAGGGGUAACGAUGGAGUGCCUGGACAGGAAGGGGAACCAGGAAACAUCGGACCUCGAGGUCCCAAAGGCGACAAGGGUGACGAAGGGCCCAGAGGUAACCCAGGCUUCAAUGGCAGACCCGGAGACCAAGGAGAUAAAGGAAACAAAGGUUUCCCUGGCCCUGCUGGACCGCGAGGCUUCCCAGGUGAACCCGGCCUGAAUGGUUUGCCAGGACCCCCAGUAUUGACUGGUUACUUCAUCACAAGGCACAGUCAAACCUCACAGGUGCCUGCUUGUCCGUUUGGAACCAACCUCAUGUGGGAAGGCUACAGUUUGCUGUACGUGCAAGGCAACGAGAGGGCCCAUGGUCAGGACCUGGGAAGCGCCGGCAGCUGUCUGCGUCGCUUCACCACCAUGCCUUUCAUGUUCUGUAACAUCAACAACAUCUGUCAUGUGGCCUCGCGCAAUGACUACUCCUAUUGGCUGUCCACCCCUGAGCCCAUGCCCAUGGACAUGGCACCGUUCAGCGGUGACACCCUUGAACCCUUCAUCAGUCGCUGCGUCGUCUGCGAGGCUCCGGCGCACGUCAUCGCCGUCCACAGCCAGUCGCUGGACAUCCCCGUCUGCCCUCAGGGAUGGCGCGGCAUGUGGAUUGGAUACAGUUUCAUGAUGCACACUGGUGCCGGUGCUGAAGGCUCAGGCCAGGCUCUGUCCUCCCCUGGCUCCUGCCUGGAGGAUUUCCGCUCCUCCCCCUUCAUUGAAUGCCACGGUGAUGGCCGCUGCAACUACUAUGCCACCACCUACAGCUUCUGGCUGACCACAGUGGACUCUGACGAGCAGUUCAGCUCCCCAGCCUCUGAGACGCUGAAAGCUGGUUCCCUGCGCACUCGCAUCAGUCGAUGCCAGGUCUGCAUGCGUGAUAGUAGAUAAAUGGUGAUGGGUACCAGUCAAUAAGCAACUCAAUACACAAGUCAAUUGUAUACCAAUAGGAAGCAAUGCUUAUUACGACCAGCAUAAACUGCCUGAUUAUUUUAAAAAGCCCCUUCAUAAUUUAGUCUUAAUUGCAGAAUUUUGUGACUUGUAUCUGAUGACCUGAACAAAUGCACUUUUUCAUUGAUGGCAACUCGGAAAAGUUUAUUAAACAACAUUUAAAUUAAUUGAAAAACAAAUAUUAGUACAAAGCUUUCAUAAAACAUUCACAGAAGUGGGAUUUUUCAGAAACGCAUAUAUGCAAACAAUUAUUUUUAAUAGAUUUGUAGACAUAGUAUUUUUGCACAUAAACACAGAAAUAGGUAUAGUGAUAUUUUUCAGAAGCUUUUUUAAAAAUAAGAAUUGGUAUUUGGCCAUUGAUUCACCCCUUAAAAUACAGCCAACAUUUUAAAAAGACAGUGUACAUAAUGCCUAUUUGCAUAACAAACUGUUGCGAUUUUUUUAACCAAACAUUUCUAAUAUAAGGUAUUGCAUGAACAUUAUUUAGAAAGUAGCUGGAUUGCUUUUUUGAUUAAAAUCCUUGCCGCAUACCUUUAACAGAAUUAUUUAAAGAUGAAUCAAUAGCAUAAAUAACGAGGAAAAAUCUUCACAGCAAUUUUUCACCUCCAUUGAUAUUUUUGUUUGUAGGUGAGUGGAAUAAAUGGACAUCUGUAGUUAUUUUAUGUUGUAUUUAAAGGAAAAUAAUAAACUUUGUAAAGUUGCUUUUAUUGUUUUUGUAGUUGGUUUGGAUUUUUUUGUAUAUGCCUUUCAUUACAAAUCUGGUGCUCAUUUGGGUUUUUACAUAUUGAAACAGUUUUAAAUGUUAGCUAUAGGUUUGUGUAAUAGAUAAUGUUUAUAAAAGGUGUUCUUUUUAGAUUAACUCCAAAAUGCUGCAACAUUACUAUUAAAACCCAAGGGCUCCGCAACUCCUUUUCGGGGUUGCUAAAAUAACUAGGAUUGGAUUUCUGGAAGUUUGUCAUAUUUCCCCAAUUUCAGUUACUAUGGUUUCAAGUUAAUUAAACGGAGGUGAAAAAAUAAUUUCACUCAGGUGCUACUAUCUAAAUACAAUGUCAUAACUUGUUUAAUAUCGCUGUAGACAUCGCACGGAAUGUGGUGCCGUCUCUCCAUCCGACCCUGUCUACUCAGGGGACCAAUUAAAACAAACAGACAAAAGAGUAAAGCACCCUGGUUAGUAAAUGAAGUUAUAGAAACAAAUGUUAGCUUAUAAGACCAUUUGACUCGGUUAAUCUCUUAUUUGUAAUCGAAAUGUGAUAGGUUGGCAAGCGCGCUCUCUUUAUUGAGCUGUAAUAGGUACAUUGUCAAUGAUAAAAAUGUAAUCAUGGAAACCUACUUUGAAAUCAUUGCUUUUUCUACACAAUGAAGAUGGUAUAUUUUGUAUUGAUGAUAUACACACAUUGGAUGAAGUCAAGCUAAAUGUAGAAUGAACCAGCUGAUACUAAUCUUGGAAGUCCAAUGCUGGUCAUGAAAUAAGUAUUCGGUUUUCAUUAAACUCACCCUGAUUUGGGAGUACAAAUUGCAUACAGUCAUAAGUAUCAAACAACCAGUUUGGGUGUUUGACCCCUGUGUAUUUUUUCUCAUAUGCACUUCUAAUAAAAUCUUACAGAAUAAAUUACUCCUGAAUGAA